AUGGCCCGAACGCAUCCCAGCUCCUUCCAACAAUUGGAAAAGCUUGGAGAAGGAACCUAUGCCACAGUCUACAAGGGCCGCAAUUGUCAGACAGGGGAGAUGGUGGCGUUGAAGGAGAUCCAUCUCGACUCUGAAGAAGGGACGCCCUCGACUGCGAUUCGUGAAAUAUCUUUGAUGAAGGAGUUACACCAUGACAAUAUCCUAUCGCUCUACGAUGUCAUUCACACUGAGAACAAAUUGAUGUUGGUCUUCGAGUACAUGGAUCAGGAUCUAAAGAAGUAUCAGGAAACUCAUGGCAACCACGGUCAGCUAGAGCCAAACGUCGUCAAGUCCUUUUCCUUUCAACUUCUGCGGGGAAUCGCAUUCUGCCAUGAUAAUCGGAUCCUCCAUCGCGACCUCAAACCCCAGAAUCUGCUUAUCAACUCUAAAGGCCAGCUUAAACUCGCGGACUUUGGCCUUGCCCGCGCGUUCGGCAUUCCAGUUAACACCUUCUCCAAUGAGGUGGUGACACUUUGGUAUCGCGCCCCGGACGUGCUUCUCGGCAGCCGUACUUACAACACCAGCAUCGAUAUCUGGUCAGUUGGAUGUAUAAUCGCGGAAAUGUUCACUGGCCGCGCGCUCUUCCCCGGUACUACGAAUGAGGAUCAACUUCAGAGGAUCUUCCGUGUCAUGGGAACACCAACCGAACGCAUUUGGCCCGGAGUCUCACAAUUUCCGGAAUACAAAAGCAAUUUCCCAAUCUAUGUCACUCAAGAUCUCCGCCAUGUUGUACCUCGAAUUGAUCCAUUAGGGCUUGACCUAUUGAGCCGUAUGUUGCGUCUCCAACCGGACCUACGUAUCAGCGCCACAGAAGCACUACGACAUCCUUGGUUCGAUGAUCUUCCGGGGGCUAGGACUGUGUCAUAG